GUAGAAGGUUAACGUUACUCAAUGGACGAGAAAUAUGUUGCUGUAACUAUCAUCUAGAAAAUCAAAAAAAUAUUUAGAUAACUGAGCCUCCGUAUCCAGCGACCAGGUCGCCAGUUUUGGCACUAAUCAUCAUGAAUCGGCCAAAGCCCCCCACAAUUAGGCGCCCAAGCACGGCUAAACCUUCAGGUCACCCUCCUCCAGGAGAUUUUAUAGCUUUAGGCUCCAAAAGCCAAGCUGGGGAACCCAAAGCGCCUGCUGUUCUCCUGAAGCCUGCCUCCACGGGUCUGCCUCCUGACCGAAAGAGGGAGACCCCUUCAUCCCUGCCCUCCUCCUCCGGUCUGUCCAGUCUCUCCAAGCGCCCCAAACUCUCCACCCCUCCGGUCAGCGCUCUGGGGCGGCUGGCUGAUGUGGCUGCAGUGGACAAGAGAGCCAUAUCGCCCUCCAUCAAGGAGCCUUCAGUUGUGCCCAUUGAAGUUUCCCCCGCGGUCCUGCUGGACGAGAUCGAGGCGGCCGAGGCGGAGGGAAACGACGACCGCAUCGAGGGGGUCCUCUGCGGCGCGGUCAAGCAGCUGAAACUGAACCGCGCCAAGCCCGACAUCACGCUGUACCUCAGCCUCAUGUUCCUGGCCAAAAUGAAGCCCAACGUCUUCGCCACGGAGGGAGUCAUCGAGGCCUUGUGCAGUCUCCUGCGACGUGAUGCUUCCAUCAACUUCAAAGCCAAGGGCAACAGCCUGGUGUCCGUGCUCGCCUGCAACCUGCUGAUGGCCGCUUACGAAGAGGACGAGAACUGGCCUGAGAUCUUCGUCAAAGUCUACAUUGAGGACUCUCUGGGAGAGCGUAUCUGGGUGGACAGCUCCCACUGUAAGAACUUUGUGGACAACAUCCAGACGGCCUUCACCACCAAGAUGCCCCCGAAGAGCAUGCUGCUGCAGACGGACACGGGCCGCUCGGGAGGGGACCUCAGCGCCGGGAGCAGCCCUCACCCCUCCACUCCAGAUGAAGACGACAGCCAGACGGAGCUGCUGAUAGCGGAGGAGAAGCUGAGCCCAGAGGACGAAGGCCAGGUGAUGCCCAGGUACGAGGAGCUGGCCGAGAGCGUGGAGGACUACGUCCUGGACGUCCUGAGGGACCAGCUGAACCGCCGGCAGCCCAUGGACAACGUGUCACGCAACCUCCUCCGCCUGCUCACCGCCACCUGUGGCUACAAGGAGGUGCGGCUGAUGGCCGUGCAGAGGCUGGAGAUGUGGCUGCAGAACCCCAAGCUGACCCGUCCAGCGCAGGACCUGCUCAUGUCCCUGUGCAUGAACUGCAACACCCACGGGGCCGACGACAUGGAGGUGGUCUCCAACCUCAUCAAGAUCCGGCUCAAGCCCAAAGUCCUCCUCAACCACUACAUGCUCUGCGUCCGGGAGCUCCUGAACGCACACAGAGACAACCUGGGGACCAUGGUGAAGCUGGUGAUCUUCAACGAGCUGUCCAACGCCAGGAACCCCAACAAUAUGCAGGUCCUGCACACCGUCCUGCAGCACAGCCCCGAGCAGGCCCCCAAGUUUCUGGCCAUGGUCUUCCAGGACCUGCUGACCAACAAGGACGACUACCUGCGCGCCUCCAGGGCCCUGCUGAGGGAGAUCAUCAAGCAGACCAAGCACGAGAUCAACUUCCAGUCCUUCUGCCUGGGCCUGAUGCAGGAGAGGAAGGAGGCCACCUACGUGGACAUGGAGUUCAAGGAACGCUUCGUCAUCCAGGUGACAGACCUGCUCACCGUCUCCAUGAUGCUGGGCAUCACCGCCCAGGUCAAAGAGGCCGGCAUCGCCUGGGACAAAGGAGAGAAGAAGAAUUUAGAGGUGCUGCGGUCCUUCCAGAACCAGAUCGCCGCCAUUCAGAGGGACGCUGUGUGGUGGCUCCACACUGUGGUGCCCACCAUCAGCAAAGUGGGGCCCAAAGACUAUGUACACUGCCUUCACAAAGUCCUCUUCACCGAACAGCCAGAGACCUACUAUAAGUGGGAUAACUGGCCCCCAGAGAGCGACCGAAAUUUUUUCCUGCGCCUGUGCUCAGAGGUGCCCCUAUUGGAGGACACGCUGAUGCGCAUCCUGGUGAUUGGUCUGUCCCGGGACCUCCCUCUGGGCCCCGCCGACGCCAUGGAGCUGGCCGAUCACCUGGUGAAGAGGGCAGCCGGGGUGCAGUCUGACGAUCUGGACGUGUUGCGGGUGGAGCGGAUUCAGCUCAUCGACGCAGUGCUGAACCUGUGCACGUACCAUCACCCAGAGAACAUCCAGCUCCCUGCUGGGUAUCAGCCGCCAAACCUGGCAAUCUCCACGCUGUACUGGAAAGCCUGGCUUCUGCUGCUCGUGGUGGCUGCCUUCAACCCGCAGAAGAUCGGUUUGGCAGCCUGGGAUGGCUAUCCCACCCUAAAGAUGCUUAUGGAGAUGGUCAUGACAAAUAACUACUCGUACCCGCCGUGCACGGUGGCAGACGAGGAGACCAAGACGGAGAUGAUAAACCGCGAGCUGCAGAUCUCCCAGCGGGAGAAGCAGGAGAUCCUGGCCUUCGAGAGCCACCUGGCUGCCGCCUCCACCAAGCAGACCAUCACCGAGAGCAACAGUCUGCUGCUGUCUCAGCUCACCAGCCUGGACCCACAGGGGCCCCCUCGCAGACCCCCGCCCCUCGUCCAGGAGCAGGUGAAGAGUCUCAACCAGUCACUGCGCCUGGGACACCUGCUCUGCCGUAGCCGCAGCCCGGACUUCCUGCUCAACAUCAUCCAGAGACAGGCCUCCUCCCAGUCCAUGCCCUGGCUGGCCGACCUCGUCCAGUCCAGCGAGGGGUCCUUGGACGUGCUGCCCGUGCAGUGCCUGUGCGAGUUCCUGCUCCACGACGCGGCGGACGACUCUUCUCCAGUAGAGGACGAGGAUGAGGGAGAGAGCAAGGAGCAACGAGCUAAGAAAAGACAAAGGCAACAAAAACAAAGGCAGCUCCUUGGACGCCUGCAGGAUUUGCUCCUGGGUCCUAAAGCGGACGAGCAGACUACGUGCGAGGUCCUGGACUACUUCCUGCGUAGACUCAGCUCCUCGCAGGUCGCCUCCAGGGUGCUGGCCAUGAAGGGCCUGUCUCUGGUCCUCUCCGAAGGGGGUCUGAGGGACGGAGAGGAGCGGGACCAGCCCAUGGAGGAGGACUCGACGGACGCCGAACUCCUCCCGGGGUACCAGUGGCUCCUGCAGGACCUGUCCAAACUGCCCCUGUUCGACAGUGUGCGGGCCAUGACCUCCAGCGCCCUGCAGCAGGCCAUUCACGUGGAGACAGAUCCUCAGACCAUCAGCGCCUACCUGAUCUAUCUGUCCCAGCAUGCACCUGUGGAGGAGCAGGGUCUUCACAAUGAUCUCGCCCUGGAUGUGGCGAGGCUGAUCGUGGAGCGCUCCACCAUCAUGAGCUGUCUGUUCAGUAAGCACUCGUGCCGGCCCGAGUCCGACGCCGUGCUGUCCGCCCUCAUCUCCAUCUUCUCCUCCUACAUCCGCCGCAUGAGGAAGACCAAGGAGGGCGAGGACCUCUACAGCUGGUCCGAGUCUCAGGACCAGGUGUUCCUGCGCUGGACCACAGGGGAGACGGCCACCAUGCACAUCCUGGUGGUGCACGCCAUGGUCAUACUGCUCACCCUGGGCCCACCCAAAGAGGAGAGCGAUUUUUACAACCUGCUGGACAUCUGGUUCCCCGAUAAGAAGCCCCUCCCCACUGCCUUCCUAGUGGACACCUCGGAAGAAGCCCUUCUGCUGCCCGAUUGGCUGAAGCUGAGGAUGAUCCGCUCGGAAGUCUCCCGAUUGGUGGAUGCAGCCCUGCAGGACCUGGAGCCCCAGCAGCUGCUGCUGUUCGUGCAGUCCUUCGGCAUCCCCGUGUCCAGCAUGAGCAAGCUGCUGCAGUAUCUGGAUCAGGCCGUGUCCCACGACCCCCAGACCCUGGAGCAGAACAUCAUGGACAAGAACUACAUGGCUCACCUGGUGGAGGUGCAACACGAGCGGGGUGCCACCGGGGGGCACACCUUCCACACCUUACUCAGCGCCUCUCUUCCUCCUCGCAGAGACAGCGCCGAACUGAACCGGGCCAAGGUCACUGUAGAAACUCCCCACAGCGCGAUGAAGAUGCGAGCAGCCAAUCAGAUUCCAGCGAUCGGGCCUGACGACGAUCUCACCGGAAUGCUUGUUCAGCUCUUCCCCCUGAACGUGGACCCUCGCUGGCCCAGCCCCCCCCCACGCCAGCUCACUCUGGCCCUGCAGCAGGCCCUGGCCCAGGAGCUGGCCCGCGUGCGGCAGGGACACGCCCAGCCCGGCGGGGUGGCCUCUCGCCUCCUCCAGGCCCUGGCGGCCCUGCUCAACUCCACCCACGGGGGCGCCGUGGUCCUGGCCAUGCACCGCAGCCACGCCCACUCCUGCCCGCUGCUGCGGCAGCUGCACCAGUACCAGCGUCGUGUGCCCCAGGACUCGGCCUUCUCCGCGCUCUUCUUCAAAGCCGCCAUGCAGAUGCUGAGCUGGCUGGAGAGCCCGUCGGUGGAGCCGGGGCCCCUGCAGGCCCUGCUGAAGGGCUUCGCCGCCCAGUACUCCCACAAGCACCGGCUGAGCGACGUGCGUACCGGGUUCCUUCAUCUGGCAGAGGCGUUGGCGUAUGGCCGGGACUCGGAGGUGGGCGCCAGGGCCGUCAUCGCCACCCUGAAGGCCGGGGAGAGGUGCAACGCCGAGCCGGACCUUGUCCGGAAAGUGCUGCAGGGGCUGGUGGAGGUCAGGUCCCCUUACCUGGAGGAGCUUCUGUCCCUGCUCAUGACCGUCGGCACGGAAACGGGGGCGGGCUCCACGGGCCCCGUCGCCAUGGUGAUCUCCCUGCUGCUCCAGGAAACCGAAGAGAGGGCCGUCAAAGUGGAAGCCGAUUCCAAGACUCAAGUGGCAAAGACAGGGUCGAGUUCAGGGCUGCUGGUUGAUUGGCUGGAGCUGCUCGACCCCGAGGUGACCUCUGUGUGCUCAGACAUGCAGCAGAAGCUGCUCUUCGCACUGAACAAGGGCAAAGGAGCUCAGAUGGCUGCUGCUCCCUCCUACAGACCCUACCUGCUGGCCCUGCUCACCCACCAGUCCAACUGGAAGACUCUCCACCAGUGCAUCAGUGCCAUUCUAAGCCAGCAGAGGGAGCAGAGGCUGGACCCAUCGUCUGCUCUGGACUUCCUUUGGGCUUGCAGUCACAUCCCCCGAAUCUGGCAGGGUCGUGACCAGAAGACUCCGCAGAAACGCACAGAGAAGUCGGUCUUGCGACUGAAGCCGGACGAGCUCAUCAGCCUGGUGGACCUUAUCCUCUCCGAGUCGGAGCUCAACAGCCGGAACACCGCUCCCGGCAAGAGGAGCCUGGAUCCGGCCUCCUGCUCCCUCAUCCAAUCGCGCCUGCCCUUACUGCACAGCUGUUGCCACGGAGACCUGGAAAGCGUGAAGAAAGUGUCUGAGUACCUGAUCAACUGCACAAAGAAGUGGGGAGACAGUGUGAUGAGUAAGAGGUGCCAGAGCCUGCUGCUGCAGAUCUACCUUCAUUUCCCCGAGGUCAUCCAGCACGUGACCCUGCCCGACGCCACACUCCACAGCGAGGGGGCAGCCGAGGGCAGCACUUGCAAGCUGGACGUGCUGGUGCAUCGCCUCAUCACGCUGCUGGCCGAUAGUGGAGACUCCAAAUCCGCUGAGAACCGCAUGUCAGACGCUAACUUGGCCUGCAGGAAGCUGGCGGUAUCUCACCCUGUGCUCCUGCUCAGGCACCUCCCCAUGAUCGCAGCCCUGCUCCACGGACGCGUCCAUCUCAACUUCCAGGAGUUCCGGCAGCAGAACCACCUGACAUUCUUCAACGACGUGCUGGCCAUCCUGGAGCUGCUGCAGCCUCUGGUCUUCCACUCCGACCACCAGGGGGCACUGCAGGACUCCCUGCUCUCCUUCAUACAGGUCCUGCAGAACUUCCGCAAGUACUCCCGUCAGCUGUCGCCAUUCAUCAGUAAGUUUGUGCAGCUCAUCCAGCGGUACAUCACCCACGACGCCAGCGCCGCCGUGCCGUACCUGCAGAAGCACUCGGACGUCUUACAGGGUCUCUCCUCAGAAAACCCUGACCUGGUUCAGCUGAAGUCUCUGCUGGCUGGCCUGACUCUCCCUGUGAGGACCGGUCACUCAGAGAGUACUAGUGAGGACCGAGAUGCAGACCCCUCCACUGGGUCCCUCCCUCUGGUGAGCAUCUCUACCUCUGCCCCUCUGUCUGCCGGAGACAUGACCAAGUACCUGAAGAAGAUCUCCAGGGGGGAGGCCAUCGAAGAUGUCCUGGAGGUUCUCGGUGAGGUCGACGAGAAGUCGCGGAGAAGCCCCGAGGUCAUCCAGUACUUCAUCAACGAUCUCCAGAGGCUGAUGAGCUCCCCAGAGGAGCUGUGUCGCAACAUGGCCUUCAGCCUGGCCCUGCGCUGCAUCCAGAACAACCCCUGCAUGGCCACGGAAUUCCUUCCCACGUUCAUGUACUGCCUGGGUAGCGGGAACUUCGACGUGGUGCAGACCGCCUUGAGGAACCUUCCGGAAUAUGUGCUUCUCUGCCAAGAACAUGCGGACAUAUUGCUUCACAAAGCCUUCCUCGUGGGUAUCUACGGGCAGAUCGAUACCAGCUCCAUGAUCUCAGAGUCAAUGAAAGUCCUGCACAUGGAGGCUACCACGUAGAUGACCAAGACCAAUCAUCUUUCUCUCCUGUCUGUUUGUCAAGUCUUCAAAUCACCAUGUCAACAAGGCCUGGACAACUCGCCUGAAGUUUUUUGGGGGUUUUUUUGGGGGGCACUAGUAUUUUCUGCCGUUUGUUUUUAUUGUUGAUGUUUUUCUUUAUGCGUACGUCUCUGUAACACAAACUACUUGGGAUUUCAACUUGAACUACGUGUGAAUAUAUGUACUGGAUCAGUUCGUAAGGGAUAAUUUUGUCUCCGUCACAAAGUAUGGUCAAGCCCUCGUUGAUGUCUUUUAGUAAAAUUCCUUAGGAGUAACUCUGUACAAUAAAUAUUGGUGUAUUAGAACUCAAAUUAAAAAAAGAAUAAUGAUAAUGAAAAUAAUAUUUUAAAGAAAUGUCUUUCUGUUAUUUUAUUCAGUUUAAUUUAGGUGAUGUCCAUUUAAAGUGCUGAGAUAUUCCAGGAACUCCCCAUUAGUGAAUUUCUAAAGACGUACUGAUGUUCUAUCUUAACGGUGGCAACGGAGUAUGUAACAUCCUUGCAGUCUGAAGCAGACCUGUUGCUUGAAUCACAUUUUUCAUACGCUUAGAGGCAAACAUGCUUUGUUUUGAAAAUCAGUCCAGUUUCAGCUUGCGUUGAAAUUAAGACAACAGAGCAUGUUGCCUAAAUUCCUGAAGUAAUUUGAAAACCACAAAAGGCUGCAUAUAUUUUUAUUACCCUAUAAUGUAAAUAUCUUAUCUUCUUUGUCUUCACUUAAAUUUUCUCGUAUAAAUUAAAGAUAAAUCUGGUUUGCAUGAGACCUGGUUUGUCAGGUUUUAGUUCACUGGAAUUCCUUCUGUGUUGUAAGUCGUAAAUUAGAGGUCUCUGCCCUCUUUUUUUUGAAAUAUGACCAUGUGAUUUCCUGUAACAGAUAGUGUAACAGAUUUUUAUCCGAUUCUGCUCCGUUUCCUCUCGUGGCUUUGAAAAAUCUGUUACUGUAACAUUGCAAAAAUAACCAUAAUCCUUUUAAAGUUUUCACAAAUAUAACCCAGUGCAUGUUCAAUCUUUUACAUAGUAACUGACAAUGCAGUAUAUCUGCAUGGUAAAGUCCAAUAGAGCUACUGACAGGGUUAUUUGUUCCGAAUGGUUAUAUAAUCUUAUGUCAGUCUCUAUUAUGUACCUGUAAAGAACUUUAUAACACAAAUAUCUGGCAGGUGUAACAUCUGUUGCCAUGGGAUUGCCCUUCCCUGUUUUCCCAGUAAACAUUCUUAUCCUGAAUAUAGGCUACACAGUAUAACUGCAGGCAAUUCAACAAAAGGUUUAGGCCUGUUGCUGCCAUUCAGGUAUUGUUGACUCCACCUACUGACACAUUUCUGCAGUGGUGUUGUGUAAAACUAGUGGAGUGCAUUCCACCCUGGCAUCCAAUUUGCCAUGACAUUGUUUUUGAGGGUUUUUUUCUGGCUUGUGAAUGAACUAAUUUAAGUCUCUCCCCAGAAUGUAGUGGUCCAGGUGUAUCUCACCAUAAUUGAGUAAAGUAAACAAUUUACUGUAUGAAGGAGAAUUUCCAAUGCUCUGUUUCCCUAAAAUGUCCUGUUAUGCCUUCACAUGGCAAGAAACAAACGCUGUGUUCAAUGCCAAGUAAAGCGGUGGCUACACAUGGGAAGAAUCAAGCACCGCUUGACGUCAUCCAUCUCAGAAGAUGGAUUGUUGGUUUGUUGGUUCUGGUAUAUGCAAUAUGGAAAAGUAGGUUGUCUGUGGUUAUACAGUAAAAGGCUAAAUUGUGAACUUGCUUUGUUACCAGAAAUCUUGGGUUUAUCCCAAAACUAACCAGGCUAACUAAUUUAUAUGUGGAACAGCUCUGUGUUGCUAGUAGCGGUAGGCUACAUCUACCUGCUUCACACAUGGCUAUGGCUCUGAUGUGAUUUGACAUGCUAGGAAAGGUCAGCAUCGACACUCCCUCCAUAGGAAUUGCAAACAUGCAACACGUGUUUUUUGUUUUUUGAAAUGUAGAAAAUGCAGCGUCAUUUGUAUUCGGAUAUAGAAGAUACGGUAGUAUGCUGAGCUUUAUUAAAUAAGUUCUCCAUUGUAAACAACCUGGAAAAAAACUAGAUGAAUUAUGUCCUGAAAACAUUUUUAUUUAAUGAACUGGAUGAAUUGCUUGUGUAAAAUGCAGCCAUAUUAAUGUGUCUAUGGCAUUCCUCUAACUUCAUUUAAAAAAUAUGUUAAUACUAUAAUGGCAAACCUGACAUGAAUAAAUGGCAAACAUACUGUA